UUGUACACAUGUUGUACAAUAACAAAGUACACAGUCCAUGUCGAUGUGUUAUAAUACCAACUGGAAUAAAACAUCCUGUUAGUUUUAUUUUACAAAGAAAUAGUCCUUAUACACCGAUAAUGCGACAAAUUAUCAACAAGUUCAGAAAUUUUGGAAUCCUCGAACGCAUGAGACAAGUAUUUAAAUACCAAAUUAUUAUACAAAUGCCAAAUAAAGCAAAAUUAAAUAUUUUGGAUAUAGCAAUACUUUUGGCGAUAUUGUUUUGUGGAAUUACUUUUUCUAUUUUAACAUUAUUUCUCGAAAAUGUAUAUAUUUUAUAUCAAACUAAAAAAGCGAAAGUUAAUCAGAAUAAAGCUACAGUUCUUUUAAAGACAUAUACAAAAAAAAAAAUCAAAAAGUGCACCUAA